UCGGCGGAAUGGGGACGUUUGCUGUGACAAGGGUUAAUCUUCCCGAUCUUUAAUAUAGACAAGAUGUGGGCCACGAGUCUGCAGCAGUGGAGAGAGAUUAUUUCUCUCCCCAGCACUCUAAACAAUUUAUCGGCGCAAUUUAUAGUAUCGGGUGGCAUCGCAACCUUCGUCGCCGCCUGAAACGACCCGAUGCAGUGGAAGCGCAGCCUCUGGAGCUGAGCCCCCGUCCUGUGACGAAUGGCAACGCGUGACGUGUCCGCGGCAGGACUGGACAGGACAGGAGCCUGUGUGCGUGUGUUGUGGUAGCAGCGCUGGGCCGGGCCUGCCAUUUCCAGUGUGUAGCGUAGCCACUGUAGGAACCAGGGUACUGUAAGUGCACGGGAGCAGGCGGACGGUCUUUUCGUGAAAGGUGCACUGCAGUAUUUGAUAUGAAGUGCAAUCUUUCGAUUCUUAUGUAUGACCACAGAUACAAUGUAUGUGUGCUUGCUGCAACAUGUCAGGCGUAUGCAUUAUGAUCCAAUGCAUAUGAUUGAUGUUCAUCUAAUUAUAUUUAAGCUUAACUGAUAGGACUGAUGUUAUUAGCAAGAUAACCCGGAUCUGUGCGUUCAAUGGAUGCUGCCUCAGAUAGAACAGGGACAAACAUGUGUGGUGAUUGAUAACGGCCCAUUUAAGGACCUGAUGCUUUCUGCAGAGAACCCACUGCCGGAGGCCUAAGCUAAUGAGUGCCUCCCACUCGGGCUCUUUCUUUCGUGCACCUGGCGCUGUGUUAUUCCUUGAGGAAAGAUGAAGGAGAGGGAAUUGCUUCAAAGGGAAUGUGUUAAAGUCCUUAUUUCCAUGGUUUGACAAUAUGGCAAUCUGUAAUGGGCUGAUAGGAAAAUCUCAGUACAAUCCAUUUAAUCAAUAGUCCAAAAGCAAAUAAUUGCAGAUGCUGGGAAUGUGAAAUAAAAACAGAAAAUUCGAGAAAUAUCCAGCAGGGCAGAGAGAAACAUGUCAAAUCGAUUAUCUUUUACCAGUGGUCUGCAGCUGAGAUGUUAAACAGUUUAAGCUGUCUUCUGUGUUAGCAAUUGUAAGGCAAUGUGCCUCUGCUCAUUUUCCUAUUUACUGCCGUAAUAUUAAAGGAACAUGUAGCAGUGCUUCAGAAGUGAGACAACCCAAGUGCAAAGCCUCAAGAGUAUUAGCUCAUUUACAUCCAACUGAACUUUCCAAAACCCAAGUUGUUUGUCAUUUGAUAAAUUAUUUUAAAGUUCAGUUAGCACUACUUUAAUGUGACCAAACGGAAUAAUCCAAAUGUUGAAUGAUGCAAAUAGAUGUUGUAAUAUGGUUCAGAGCUUUUUUUUCUUACCACAGUUCAUCUUUAGUCUCUACCCUACAAUUAUAUUCACCAUGUUUUCAUCUAUUCCCAUUUUUCAAAAAAAAUGUCCAUGUAAAGGAUGUGAGCUGGAAGACUGAUUUUCAUCCAUCUUUCGCAGGCCACGAAUAGCCUGCUCUCUAGUUGGUUCCUGAGAUGCUGCCUGAUGACUGAAAGACUGGAAAGGAAAUGAAAGCACUGCCCAAUCUGUCUGCUGUUGCCAAACAAACACUGUUUUGUUGAAUGGAGAUACAAGUAUAGAAAGUAUUAGAUUGUGUUAGACCAAAACCUGAAUAAUUUACCAGGUCGGAAGAGCUUCAUGAGGAACAAACCCCUCUGUAUUGCAGAGGGUACACCGCACCGAGGACUGGGGAAAGUACCCAAGGAUAUUGGCAAUAGUGAUGGAUGUGCUUCCUGAAUCAGCUGGAUGAUUUAUUCACACGUGGUUCAGCCUUCCAGAGAGGGGAGAGGGUCUUCACGCUGCCUUGAGAGGGGUCUCUUUGCCAUCAGCUUGCUGUGAUAUGCACUUAGCUCUACAUGUCUAAAUCAAACCGCAGAAUGAGCAUAGCAAUUAUUGUCAACGCUCUUCUUGUGUCCAUCCUGGCGGCAGUGCUGUGGAAGUAUGUCAAGUUGUGGGAGCAGGUCACUUCACUGGAAGAAGAAUUGUUGCUAUCCCAGCAAACCCAAGAGCUGUCCCAAGUUAAGAUUGACUACCACGCAGCCCUGCAGGCUCUUAUGGAAAAUGGCACCAGAAUGGUUUGCACCGGGAGAAUGCAUACUGAGCGGAUCUGUCGGAUCGAGUCCCUCUGCUACUCUACAGAGGCUGAAGAGUUUGUCUUCUUCCACGGCAACGCCUCUAUACUGCUGCCGAACCUGGGCUCGCGGCGAUUCCAGCCUGCUCUUCUAGACCUGUCCUCUGUGGAAGAUCACACUGCCCAGUACUUCAAUUUUGUGGAAUUGCCUGUUGCAGCUCUCAAAUUCAUGCAGAAGCCAGUCUUUGUGCCAGACGUUGCACUGAUUAUGAAUCGGUUCAAUCCGGAUAACCUCAUGCACAUCUUCCAUGAUGAUCUGCUCCCGAUCUACUACACAAUGCUGCAGUUUCAGGACUUGAAUGAAGAUUCGCGCUUGGUCUUUAUGGAAGGGUGGAAUGAAGGGUUGCACUUUGAGCUCUACAAAUUAUUUAGUAACAAACAACCUCUUCUGAGGGAACAAUUGAAGAGUCUUGGGAGUUUGCUUUGCUUUACAAAAUCUUAUGUUGGGUUGUCAAAAAUGACAACUUGGUACCAGUACGGCUUCAUCCAGCCUCAGGGACCAAAAGCAAAUAUAUUGGUAUCUGGAAAUGAAAUCAGGCAAUUCACACACUUCAUUGUGGAAAAGUUAAACAUUACUACAAGCUCCAGUGGUGAAGAGUACAUUGUACUGUUCAGUCGCACAGUUAACAGGUUGAUCUUGAAUGAAGCAGAGUUGAUCCUAGCACUAGCACAGGAGUUUCAGAUGAAGACUAUUGCGGUGUCUCUGGACGCGUAUUCCUUCGGGGACCUCGUCAGACUGAUUAGUGGUGCCUCCAUGUUGGUCAGCAUGCAUGGAUCCCAACUAGUGAUGGCAAUGUUUCUGCCUAGGGGUGCUGUGGUUGUUGAACUUUUUCCUUAUGCCGUGAACCCAGAGCAUUACACGCCCUAUAAAACCCUGGCAUCUCUCCUGAACAUGGACCUACAGUAUGUUGCUUGGCAGAACACAAAGGAAGAGAAUACUGUUACCCAUCCUGACAGACCCUGGGAACAAGGUGGAAUUGCUCACCUUGAUAGAGUUGAACAAGAGCGCAUUGUAAAGAGCAAAGAAGUCCCUCGCCACCUGUGCUGCCGAAAUCCUGAAUGGCUAUUCCGUAUUUAUCAAGACACCCAUAUAGAUAUCACAUCUGUGAUGACUGCAAUUCACCAGUCAGUGAAAUCAAAACCUCCUCUCGGGAAGGUUAAAGCAAGAAGUAUAAUAUAUCCUGGGAAAGUGCGAGAUUCCAUAUGUCAAGCCUCUGUCCAGAGUGCCAGUGAAGCAAAGUUGUCUGUUUCCUGGCAAGUACCUUGGAAUCUGAAGUACCUGAAGGUAAAAGAGGUGACAUAUGAGGUUUGGAUACAGGAACAAGGUGAGAACACAUAUAUGCCCUACAUCUUGCCUCACCAGAACUACACGUUUAUAGAAAACAUUAAACCAUUUACAACGUACCUGAUUUGGAUAAGGUGCAUCUUUAAUAAAAACCUUCUUGGCCCAUUUGCAGAGGCACUGACUUGUAACACAUAAAGCAAGAUUGUCUUGUGGGAAAGGAAGAAACAUCCUGUACUUCUCUACGUCGUGUGGCCCAAAAGUGUGUUAUUCAAUAUUCUGUUGCCCUGUAGUUGACAAAGUGUGUAACGAAUAAGAGGACUGAGCUUAAAGAAUGAGUUCUUUUGGGGCUUUGUGCACAGUGUUGAUCUGAUGCAGUGAAACACAGUUAAAAGGCAUCUAAUCUGGUUGAAAUAAGAUUUACUCUGGUUGUAAUGGAUCAGAAUGAAGAUCUGUAUUAAGUGUAUGGACUGGAUUUUAAUGCAGUGGUUUAAAAUGACUAAAGGCAUACCAAAUCAGAAGCUCAGUGUUAAUGCAUCAACUGUGGACAUGAAUGGUACCAUGGGAUAUUGUGUUGUGCAGUCCAGUGGCCUAACACAGCCUCUGCUGCAGUUUAGAAGCAGCACCAGUUAACUUUGUGGGAUGAAUGACAGUAGUAUUAUAUGUCAACCAACUAAAGUGGAAAAGAACAGUUAAAGAUUCAUCAAACAAUACUGUGAGGUGCUGCUGUUGAGAGAAUUGCAUAUUAUUGUGUGAGUCAAGCCACAAUGGCAGAAAAGUGUAUGUGCCAGUGUGUAGAUUAGCUCAGGUGAACUUGUUCAUAGAGGUAUUUUGUGCUUUUGUAAAAUUUGUUUCAAUCAAGCAGCAAUUCUUACUAUAAUAACUAAUUCCCCCCCGAUUAGAAAGUCCUAUAUGUAUGACUACAGUCUCCCAAUCUACCUUAAAUGCCAAGAAUGCAUCAUCUUUGUGCUUCCUAUUCCUAAUCUUCGCAGAUUUUUCAUUCUAUAUGUUGAAGAGACUCUGUGGAAAAAAGGAUGUCUGUUUGCUUCAGCUUUCUGCUUCUUCUGAUUCUAAAAUCCUGCUUAUGACUGUAAAGCAAAAUAUAUCUGCUUUCAAGCUAAGUUCUUCUAACCUUUGAAAUUCCUCACUUUUUGGAUAAGUACUUGCAGCUGCACACAGUAAAUUCAAGUAGUAUAAAGAUGAAGAUGUUGUCCUGGAGCAGAGAAGAGCAGAGACCACAGAGGAAGAGAGACUUGUGGAUAUCCCAUUGUAGAGAGGAGGAAACCUUCUUCAAAAUGGUCCUGAUGCAACUCCUUAACGUCGACUUGCAUCUUUUGCCUCCACAGAUGCUGCUUGACUCAUUGAGAUUUUCAGCAUUUUAAGUUCAGGUAGUAAUCUCAGCAGUACUCCAGAUGUGCCCACAUAAUUAUGGCAAUUGAAAUGGAUUAUAUGGUUUAUAUGGUUAUAUGGUUAUUAGAUUUAAUCUAGAUUGGAUAAAUUUAUUUCCCCAGUUGGAAGUCCCUGCAUUAGAUAUCACUAAGCAGAGACCGUAAGACCAUAAGACAAAGGAGCAGAAGUCGGCCAUUCGGCCCAUUGAGUCUGCGCCGCCAUUUUAUCAUAAGCUGACCCAUUCUCCCAUUUAGUCCCACUCCCCCGCCUUCUCACCAUAACUUUUGAUGCCCUGGCUACUCAGGUACCUAUCAAUCUCUGCCUUAAAUACAUCCAAUGACUUGGCCUCCACUGCCGCCCGUGGCAACAAAUUCCGUAGAUUCACCAACUUCUGGCAAAAAAAAUUCUUCACAUCUAGUGAAUCUUCUCUGUACCUUCUCCAAUGUCAGCACAUCCUUUCUUAAAUAAGGAGAUCAAAACUGCCCACAGUACUCCUAGUGAGGUCUCACCAGCGCCUUAACAUCACAUCCCUGCUCCUAUACUCUAUUCCUCUAGAAAUGAAUGCCAACAUUGCAUUCGCCUUCUUCACCACUGACUCAACCUGGAGGUUAACCUUAAGGGUAUCCUGUAUGAGGACUCCCAAGUCCCGUUGCAUCUCAGAACUUUGAAUUCCCUCCCCAUUUAAAUAAUAGUCUGCCCAUUUAUUUCUUCUGCUAAAGUGCAUAACCAUACACUUUCCAACAUUGUAUUUCAUUUGCCACUUCUUUGCCCAUUCUUCCAAUCUAUCCAAGUCUCUCUGCAGACUCUCUGUUUCCUCAGCACUACCAGCCCCUCCACCUAUCUUUGUAUCAUCAGCAAACUUAGCCACAAAGCCAUCUAUUCCAUAAUCCAAAUCGUUGAUGUACAAUGUAAAAAGAAGUGGCCCCAAAAUGGAACCCUGUGAAUCACCACUGGUAACCAGCAGCCAACCAGAAUAGGAUCCCUUUAUUCCCACUCUCUGCUUCCUGCCAAUCAGCCAACACCCUAUCCAUGUAUGUAACUUUCCUGUGAUUCCAUAGGCUCUUAUCUUGUUAAGCAGCCUCAUGUGUGGCACCUUGUCAAAGGCCUUCUGAAAAUCCAAAUAUACAACAUCCACUGCAUCUCCUUUGUCUAGCCUACUGGUAAUUUCUUCAAAAAAUUGUAAUAGGUUUGUCAGGCAGGAUUUUCUUUUAAGGAAACCAUGCUGAGUUCUGCCUAUCUUGUCAUAUGCCUCCAGGUACUCUGUAACCUCAUCCUUGACAAUCGACUCCAACAACUUCCCAACCACCGAUGUCAAGCUAACAGGUCUGUAAUUUCCUUUUUGCUUCCUUGCCCCCUUCUUAAGUAGCAGAGUGACAUUUGCAAUCUUCCAGUCUUCCGGAACCAUGCCAGAAUCUAUUGACUUUUGAAAGAUCAUCGCUAAUGCCUCCGCAAUCUCCACAGCUACUUCCUUCAGAACAUGAGGGUGCAUUCCAUCUGGUCCGGGAGAUUUAUCUACCUUUAAACUAUUCAGCUUCCUGAGUACUUUCUCUGUCGUAAUUGUGACUGCGCACACUUCUCUUUCCUGCCACCCUUGAGUGUCCGGUAUACUGCUGAUGUCUUCCUCAGUGAAGACUGAUGCAAAAUACUCGUUCAGUUCCUCCGCCAUCUCCUUAUCUCCCAUUACAAUUUCUCCAGCAUCGUUUUCUAUCGGUCCUAUAUCUACUCUCACCUGUCUUUUACUCUUUAUAUAACUGAAAAAGCUUUUAGUAUCCUCUUUGAUAUUAUUUGCUAGCUUCCUUUCAUAGUUAAUCCUUUCCCUCUUAAUGACCUUCUUAGUUUCCUUUUGUAAGGUUUUAAAAACUUCCCAAUCCUCUGUCUUCCCACUAAUUUUUGCUUUCUUGUAUGCCCUCUCCUUUGCUUUAACUUUGGCUUUGACUUCUCUUGUCAACCACAGUUGCAUCCUUUUUCCAUUCGAAAAUUUCUUCUUUUUUGGAAUAUACCUGACUUGCACCUUCCUCACUUCUCGCAUAAACUCCAGCCACUGCUGCUGUGCCGUCUUUCCUGCCAGUGUCCCUUUCCAGUCAACUUUGGCCAGUUCCUCUCUCAUGCCACUAUAAUUUCCUUUACUCCACUGAAAUACCUGUGUAACCUGUGCAUUUUGAACAGGUCAUACUUCCCCCAGAAGAGAUCCCAAUGAUCCAGGAAUCUGAAGCCCUGCCCCCUGCACCAGUCUCUCAGCCACAUCGGAUUUUGGCUUCUCUUUUUCAAAUUUCACAGUGAACUCAAUCAUGUUAUGAUCACUGCCUCCUAAGGGUUCCUUCACCUCUAUCUCUCUAAUCACCUCCGGUUCAUUACACAAUACCCAAUCCAGUACAGCCGAUCCCCUAGUGGGCUCGAUAACAAGCUGUUCUAAAAAGCAAUCUCGCAGACAUUCUACAAAUUCUCUCUCUUGAGAUCCAGUGCCGACAUGAUUUUCCCAAUCUACUCGCAUGUUAAAUUCCCCUACAAUUAUCAUAACACUGCCUUUCUGACAAGCCUUUUCUAUUUCCUGUUGUAAUUUGUAGUCCACAUCCCUGCAGCUGUUUGGAGGCCUAUAAAUAACUGCCAUCAGGGUCCUUUUACCCCUGUGAUUUCUUAGCUCAACCCAUAAAGAUUCUGCACCUUCCGAUCCUAUAUCACCUCUUUCUCAUGAUUUAAUAUCAUUUCUUACCAAUAAAGCCACGCCACCCCCUCUGCCUACCUUCCUAUCCUGUCGAUACACCGUGUAUCCUUGGACGUUCAGCUCCCAGAGACAUGCAUCCUUUAGCCAGGUCUCAGUGAUGGCCACAAUAUCAUACCUGCCAAUCUAUAGCUGUACAACAAGAUCAUCCACAUUACUCCUUAUGCUGCGUGCAUUUAAGUAUAACACCUUAAGACCAGUAUUUGAUACUUUUUGCUUUGAUUGCACUGCAAAUCAUCCCAAUGGCUACAAAUUUGCCCUAUCACCUGCCUGUCUUUCCUGACAUCUUUACUGCUCACUAUCUUAGAUUUAUUUCUGUUUUCCCCUUCCUCCGCUCUAUCAUUCUGGUUUCCAUCCCCCUGCCAGAUUGGUUUAAACCCUCCCUAACAGCUCUAUUAAACCUUCCCACCAGGAUGUUGGUCCCCUUCGGGUUCAGGUGUAACCUGUCCAUUUUGAACAGGUCAUACUUCCCCCAGAAGAGAUCCCAAUGAUCCAAGAAUCUGAAGCCCUGCCCCCUGCACCAGUCUCUCAGCCAUGCAUUCAUCUUCCUGAUCCUACCUAUUCUUGCCCUCACUAGCAUGUGGCACAGGUAGCAAUCCUGAGAUUACUACCCUGGAGGUUCUGCUUCUCAGCUUCCUUCCUAACUCCCGGAAAUCUCUCUUCAGGACCUCCUCCCUCAUCCUAUCUAUGUCAUUGGUACCAGCAUGUACCAAGACAACUGGCUGCUCGCCCUCUCCCUUCGGAAUAUUCUGGACCUGAUCCGAGACAGCCUGUACCCUGGCACCAGGGAGGCAACACACCAUGCGGGUAUCUCUAUCAGGCUCGCAGAAUCUCCUGUCUGUUCCCCUGACUAUGGAAUCCCCUAUGACUACCGCAUUCCUCUUCUCCCUCCUUCCCUCCUGCACAGCAGCGCCAAGCUCAGUGCCAGAGACCCAGUCACCGUGGACGUCCCCUGUCAGGUCAUCCCCCUCAACAACAUCCAGAAUAAGAUACUUGUCACUGAGGGGGACAGCCACAGGGGUGCUCUCCACUAUCCGGGAAGUCUCCUUCUCUCUCCUGACAGUCACCCAGUUUUCUGACCCCUGUAGCCCCCGUCUAUCAUCUCUUCACUUUCCCUAAUAAGCAGUAGGUCAUCAGCUGCAGCUCCAGAUCCCUGACACGGUCUUUUGGAUUGGGACAAGCAGAGCGGCGUGGGAGCUGAAUUCUGAAGGAAGGCAGUUUUUAAAAAAAACUUAUUCGAGUGCAAGAAGGACGAGACUGCGCAGGCGCGUGACGUAACAGGACAGCGCGGAGAGUUUAAAAAGGUUAUCCUUCCUGAUUCUGGCAAGGGAGACGAAAGAUCACUUAAAAGCCACGGAUCCUAUGCCUUUAGAAUCUUCAAGUAUAAAAUGCAAAGCCUUCAGAAAAUAUCAACAAUGCAUCAUAAACUGAACUCCCAACAGAAUAGUCUUCAACAGGUCAAUUAUUUUUGGUUUAAUAAAAUAUCAUGUUUGGAUGUAAACAGAUUUCUGAUUUGCAAAGACUAGCCUGGUGAUAAAGUGAGUUUCACGGAUUCCGUUUGCUAUGACGUAUUCAGUUCAGCCCUAUUUCUUCCCUGUAAAGAAACUUGAAGGUAAACGUCUCACUCUGAGUAGUUCAGAGAACGGAUAUCCUGAAGCUGGUGACUUGCCUCCUGGCUCUCCAACAUUUUCCCAGCGAUCUAUAAGACACAAGUCAGGUUUGUGUUUGAAAAUGUUUCACUUGUCUGCAUCACCGUUAACACUCAAGAACCUUGACGCCAUCCACAGCAAGGCAAGAUGAACAAGGCAGCAGCCUGACCGUAACGAACCCUUGCUCCCUAGCCCACCACUACAAUGUGGCUAUAGUCUGUACUAUCCUACGUGUUUGGGGACUGUGACAGUGUCUCAUGAAUCAGUGACCUAUAUGAUUGAAAGGGCAAUGGUAGGAAGUACAUCAAAACACCAUAGCGUGCAGGCCCCCUUUCAAAUCAUCUACCAUGUCAACUUGGAAAUAUAUCAUAAUUCCUUUAUCACUACUGGGUCUAAAUUCUAAAACUUUCAAUGCGAUAGCAUUGUGAAGUAUCUUCACUAUAAAGUACUUGCAGUGUUUGAAGGCACACAGCUCGCCAUUAUCUCGAGAGCAAAGAAGCGCGGGCUUCCCGUAAUCAUCCUGUCAAGGUGGUAAACAGAAUGUGUAAAGUCAAUUCCAGUCACUCAGAGCGGUGUUGCUACAGCUGUGAUUGAAAGAGAGAAUUACCUUGCCGUCUUCGUUCUAUCCAGUGUGUUCGAGGUCGCUAUGUAUUUUGCUUUUCCAGAGUCACUUAAUUCACUACUUGAUUCAAUUAUAGCUGGGUUGGUGACAUCUUAAAUUCAAUGACUGCUUUCAAUAUUAGAUCUGUGAGUUAGCCUGAUGCAAGAUGAAAUUCACACCACCUUAACUAUAUCAAUUUUAGCCUUGUGAGUAUUUCUGGUGCUGGCACAAUAGGGCUGUCAUCAGGUUCAUGGAUCACAGGAAACCCAGCUAGGCUCAUGUCAUUAGCAGUUUAAAACCAGCAAGUCCAAUGAUCUGGAAUAAAAUGCAUCUCUUAUAAACAUAAGAAUUUUUUAAAAGUGAAUUCUCUCUUUCACCAUGUUGCUAUUGAUCUUGCCGGGAGUUGUAUUUAAAUUUUGAAUGUUGCCUAUCAUAGUUUAGUGCCCUGUGAUCCUAUGCACAUGCAAAAGUUUUUUUUAAAGUUUGCCUCUACAAAUGCUUGCUUGAAAUUGCUGUUCAAUAGUAUGUGGUGUGUCUAUAAUGUUCACUCUUACUUGGAUGGCAGGAGCUGGUCCAAUGUCUUCAUUAUUUUAAAAGUUGUUCUUAAAUUAUUUAUAGAAUGAAACACCAUUACAUGCUAACUUUUACCAUUAGGUGGUAUAUUGGCAUUGAAGGGAAGUACUGGUACCUUGAACACAAUUGUGUUUACAGAAUUUGUUCUUGGAAAAAAUGUUUUGUAUGUUUCACUGUGUGUGUUUCAAGUUGUUGGCCAAUAUUGAAGAUGAUAGUGCUUGAAGGCAGAUGUUCUGUCUUGCAGCUUUUGUUUAGUUUUUGCUUUUCUUCUCCUUCUUUACAUUUUCAUAAACUCUCUCAACUUUUCAAUUCUAGCCUUGCCUCCUCAGUGAAUCCUAAUCCAAGUAAAUGACUUAUUCAGGAGUUGGUUCUGCAAUCCAGUAACUGCACAGAGGAUAGUAAUCUAUACAGCUGAACUGAGUUUAACAGAUCAGUCUUUAUAUAGAGUCAAGAACUGCCUGGGCUAAUCCACAACCUCAAGCACAUUCUGUAUAAAAUCACCACAGAUAAUUUGCUAUUCAAAUAUUGGAUUGUUGGGUAAAAAGGGUAGCUGCUCUCCCAGUAUCAUACUCAUUAAAUUCCAUGAAAACUUUCAAUAGUCAAAUCAAUUAAUUGCAAAUCACUUUGGAAUUGUCUGAAGUUGGGGAAUGCACAAUAUUUUUAAAAUAUGAUAGGUUAAAAAUUAGCAACCAGGGAAGUUUAUUUAUGGGAUCACCUUUGCUGGAGGAGCAAACAGUUUGCUGUCGACACUCUCUUAAUAAAAUAUUCAAAAUUAAAAAUGCAACCACAGUAUCUUUGAAAUCAAACACUGGACUAUAUAUUUGGGAAGUUUGGAUUACAAACCGUACCAGAUGCAAAUAAUUGCUCAAUUGAAGCUUAUCUUUGAAGAGAGCUCAGUAUUUAUGAGUUGCAAGCAACCUUUCAAAGUACAGGUGGCCAGUUCAUUGGCAGCAUGUUAAAAAUUAAUGAGGUUGUGAGGAUGCUUAUGUGGAGCAUAACCUCCAACAAAGGCUUGUUGAGUUGGAGAUCCUGUUUCUAUGCUACAAAUUUUAUGUAAUUAUACAGUAUGUGAAAAAAAGCUUUAACUAACACAGCUCUUCUAGUUCUGACAUACACCGUAUUUAUCUUGCAUCUAUGUCACUGACUAGCUGUCGACCGCAAUCUUGUAAUCAGCACUGCAGUGUGCUGAUGUCAACCCCUCCUAUUUAUAUGAAGCAUCUGCUGGUUGCAGCUUCAGUAGAUGUUUGAGGCAGCUGAUGGCUGGAAACACAGUCUGUAUUAUCGCAGAGCUGCUAUUCAAAAUAGCCUCAAAGAAACUGCAGGACAAAGGUGAUGAAGGAUAAAGAUGUUUGCACCCCAGAUACUGGGUCUACUGGUUUCCCUGAGAAGAUAAUAAUGCACCCUGUGAUUUAACCCCUAAAACCCAUAGGGUUCAGGUACUGCGCCAAUGAGGAUGUUAGGCAAUUCAUUUUAAGACUUUCACCUAAAGAUGAUGAGCAAGUGGCAGUGCAUGCUGCACUGGCUGGGUAAGGCCUGCACUUCUGAGGCAGACCCUGGUGGCUCAGUUGCCAUGUUGCAGGCUUGAGAACAAACAUUUAGGCUGAUACCCUAAGGAGACGCUCCAAUGUGUGGAAACUGUGCUCAUAAAAAAAUGUGAUCCUUUGAUUCAACUGAGGUCUCGUCUGCCUCUCAGGUGGUCAUAAAAUAUCCCAAAAGCACUAUUUCAAAUAUUUAUCUAUAAAACAACAUCAGUGUCUGAUCAUUAUCACAUUGCUGCAUGUGGGAGCCUGUUGUGUACAACUGGCCGCUAUAUUUUGUUAAUUGCAGACUUUAAUAGUGCAUCACAGGCUAUACCAUGCACACUCCGGUAGUGGAAAUCGACACUAAAUAUAGGUUCUUAAGUCAGUGUACUGAGUGAUUUGGAUGGGAGCUUGGAGUAAAGAUGUUCCCAUGAUUUUGCUCCUGUCACCCUUCUCAGAGAGAGAAUUUGUGUUGUUCGACUGUGUAAUCAGAGUACAGUUGAUGAGUCUCCCCACUGUUUCCUUUGGAUGGUUUGUACCCAUUGUACCAUUGAUUUAAGAGCUGCAUGUUUCAUUAGCUAUCAGUCUCACAGAUAGCUCUUCUCUGUGUAGACAGUGCUGAACUCUUUAGGUCAUUGCAUUUGUAAUAUAUGCAGGAGACUAUCCAAUCUCACUCCUGGCAGUUAAUGGAGAAGCAUCAAGUGUGCCACUUCUCAGAGUUCCCAGUAAUCUAGAAGUGUCUCAAUGCAUUUGGCCCUGUCAUUGCCUAGUGACCCACCCUGAGGUGUCAAUAGUGCAAGACUAACAUUAGCAAUGUCAUGGAAAUUAGGUUGUGUCAAGUUAUUGCACAAGGUCAACAGCAAGAUAAUGCACAUGCACUGGUAACUUGGUGUGUGGAUGGAGACGGCAUUUCCAAAUAUAGGUGCCCUAGUGGUUAUUGCUGAAUAGCUCUGUACAGUUAUGCUAAUAAAGGAAGACUUGCAUUUACAUUGUAGCUCCCUUGUCCCGAAGUAGGUAUGGCUUUUAUAUUGCAGGACAGUGACUUUCCACAAACAGUUCUGUGAUGUUGACUGUAGUAACGUCAAAGUUGAGUUGACUGUCAUUUGAGAAAGUACACGUGUGCACAGGCGCAACGAAAACUUACUUGCGGCAGCACUGCAGCGUAUUCUCUAAAUCAUGGUGUCUUUAGGGGCUUUGCUAUUGCUGAUGUGGGGGCUGCUGCUUUCACUGAGGGUGGUGGGGGGCUGAAGCUUUUGCUGAGGCAGGUGGGGGAGGGCUGAAGCUUUUGCUGCUGCUUGUGCAUGGGGGGGGCUUGCUAACAUUUUCCUGUCAUUCGUUCUUUGGGGGGUUUUCUUCUGUUUCAUGAAUGUCUGUGCAGAGCAAGAAUUUCAGGUUGUAUACCAUAUACAUUCUCUGAUAUUAAUUGGAACCGUUAAAACAUUGCAUCAUAUAAACAGCAUUCACAGUAAAACAAAAUUGUACAUAAGUUAUGUUUAAUUUAUGUUUACAAGAAAGAAUACAAUUAGGGAUAAAAGCAAAACAGUUCAUUUUAGUGCAAAGUGAAGAAUCCGUGUUGCCCAGGACCCUGAAACUUGCUCAAGAACUUUAUUGUUCUUCUUUGUAGUAGUGCUAUGGGACGUUUUAUAUAAACCUGAGAGAGAUCUUGGGGCCAUAGUUAAUAUUCCAUCUGAAAGAUGUGUGCGGGUUUCUAGAAUGGAACUUCCAAUUCCAUACAAGCCAAGACUGGCUCCCAAUGAUGACGCCUAAAAUUUAUGAAGUUCAUUGAGUCUCGAUUGUAAAUGGUGGCUGAAUAACAUCAAUUACAAUGGAUCAAUAAACAAAAACACUUGCACCUUUCAUGACGUCCGAUGUCCCAAAGCUUAGAAAGAUCAAGCAACAUCUGUAUAGAAGAUUAAUAAGGUAUCCCUUGCUCUGGGUAGCACAGGGGGUGGCCAAACUCUUUCAUGAACUUAAAAUAAAACACUCAAUGUACCAGGUUUGAGAGCCAAGUGUAAUUAAAACUUCAAACCUCUUGUGAAAGUGCAUAGAAAGAAUUGUGAGAGAAUGGAAGGUGGUUGUACUGUGAACAAUAUGAAAUGUCUGUAAUAUUUGUUGUACUGUAUAUGUUUUAUAUUCAUUUUUGCUCUGGAAAUGUCUAUUUAUUGAUAAAUUAUAUUGUUAUAUCGGCAGGAUGUUAAGUACUACACAAAAGAAGUGUAACUUCCCUGUGGUGAGGCAAGUUAUUUAAUAUUGUGUCCAAGUACAUUUGCACAUCUGUUUGUUUCAGUAGAAUUGGAGUUGAAUGCCAGUGCCAUGUGAUGAUGCAUUCAUACUUAGUGCUGGUAGAAAUCUAGCGUGACAUUUCUGUACCGGAUAAUUAAAUAUAGGGUUAGCCCAUUCAAACUUCAUCUCCUGGAUUCUCUUAAUCAUUUUUAUUCAUCUGUGAAUUUACAUCAAGGUUGUGAACUGCUCCAUAAAAGACAUUGACAACAUAUUCAAAUUGUGUUUACUCAAAUAUUGAAUAAAUUGCAAGGUAUAACAAAUGUAGACGUCUUGUAUCCCCAGGAAAUGAUUGUUGCUAUUCCAGAGAAGCUGGCGUUGUUCCUCUUGGAACAUCAAAGUUGAGGGAAAUUUCCAAUAGGUGGCAGCCAUUCAAUGAACAGAUUUACGCUGAUUGGCAGAAGAUUAUUUUUAAUAUGAUAAAACCUGAAAUCCAUUGCCUAAAAUGGUGGUGGAAGCAAAAAUAGCUUCCAACUAAAAAUUAAAAUAAACACUAAAUAAAUAUUAAAUGAACUAUUGUCAAUAUUACAAAGAGAGAUUGGGAUGAUUGUGUUGAUUUGAGAACUCUUUCAGAAAAGAGGCCAAAAGAUCUGUGUAACGUAUUCAUAACUGCUUUAUCUAUACACCACACAUUUGAGACAAUAGCAAACUGGCUUCCAGAAUAUUCUUUUUGUAUUGGAAUUCACACAGUAUUUAAGUUUCAUGUAACUGGAAUUGGGAGAUUGCUUCAAAUUUAUUGAUGGUUUUAGAGGAGAAGCUAAUAAAAUUUCCUGCUUGCUGUUUACAGCUGGUUUGUUACCAUGGGAAUUGUGCUUAUCUUUUCUUUGGCUUGUUUCUGUAAUUAUUGCUGAAUUUUGAAGAAUUUUGAUAAGCUUGGACAGGUUGGAGGAAUUGCUUACAAUUUUAAAGGGGUUUAACUUCAAUUGGUAUUUUAAUUCUUUGUAUGACUGGUUGGUCUUGAAAAUAAUGCAUAAUCCGGCUGUCAAUCCAAUUGUUCUAAUGCUGAGUGUAAAAUAGACCAUCAGAGAAUGCUGAAAACCCUCUGCGCAUUGAUACGAUUUUCCCCACACAAUUAGAAGGUAGAUAUUUGAGGUUAAGACCAUUAGACAUAGGAGCAGAAUUAGGCCAUUUGGCCCAUCGAGUCUGCUCCGCCAUUCGAUCAUGGCUGAUCCCUUUUUUUUCUCCUCAACCCCGUUUCCCAGCUUUCUCGCCAUAACCUUUGAUGCCGUGUCCAAUCAGGAACCUAUCAAUCUCUGCUUUAAAUAUACCCAACGGCCUGGCCUCCACAGCUGCACGUAGCAACAAAUAAAAUCACCACCUUCUGGCUCAAGAAAUUUCUCCGCAUCUCUGUUUUGAAUGGAUGCCCCUCUAUUCUGAGGCUGUGCCCUCUUGUCGUAGACUCUCCCACUAUGGGAAACAGCCUUUCUGCAUCUACUCCGUCUAGGCCUUUCAACAUUUGAAGGGUUUCAGUGAGAUCCCCCAGGUUGUGGAGAAGGGAUGAAGGGAAGGAAAGGAAUGUCUGAUAGGGUGGAGUCUAACAAGUUGUCAGUGGAGAUAAGUUGGUGGUGAUGUAGUCAUAGAGUAGCGAUACCCAACCCGGCACCAAGGACUCCUUGCUUAAUGGUAUUGGUCCGUUGCAUGAAAAAGGUUGAGACCCCCUGUCACAGAGGAAGAUGAAUGAAAAUGGAGAAAAGAUGGAGGGGAAGUGUUGCAAAUGAAAUUCAACUGAAGAAAAACACUGCAGAUGAAGAAAAACAAAUAAAAAACAGCAUAUUGAAAAUACUCAGCCGGUCAGCUGGAGAAAGAAAGAAUUAAUGUUGCAUUAGUCAUAAAUGGCCAGAUUUGAAGCAAACUCAAAUGACUGAAAUUGUUGAACUUAACAUUGAGUUGUAAAGGUUGUAUUAUGUCACAUGGCAAGAUCUGGUGUCGGUCCUUGAUCUUGUGUGAGUAUAAUUGGAACAAUGUCAACGAGAUCAUUAUGGAGAAAUAAAGUGAUGGGCAACGUGAAACUUAGGGUCACCCUUGGAGACUGGAUGAGAAGCCCUUUACAUCAUCCCCUCUCCAUAUUUAGUUUAUGUCUUCACCUCUUCCUCCCCUUCUGCUCUGAAACUUAAGAUAUGUUUGAUUUCUGCCUUUUCCCAUCUUUAAUAAAAUGUUAGGGCCUGAGAUGUUGGUCCUCUUUCUUUCACAACAGAAGCUGCCUGCCUUGCUGAGUAUUUCCUGCACGUUCUGUGUUUAGUUCAGAUUUUCACCAUCAGCAAUUCUUUGAUUUAAAAAAAAUGUCUAAUUUUUGUCUUGGACAAAUUCUGGAGGUAGCAGCUCAUGGCAACUGCCUCCAGCCUCUUCCACCAAAGGUCACCUGUACUGGUGCUCUUCAGUCCUGUAGGCAAUUGGACAUGAAGUGGCCCAUUUGUUAGAAGAUUUUCAUUUAUCAAGCAAUCCCCACCCCACCCCAUCUGCAUUUCCAAUAGUUUGUAACAGUUUAAAAAGUCCAAAUGAUGUUCUAAUAAUCACAAUUUGUUAGAUUUGCAGCAGCAUCUUAGAACUUGAUCUUUAACUUCUGCAGACCCCAGAAAUUGUGAAUAAACUCAAUGUUCAAACACAGUUGUGAAGUUACCCAAAGGUUAUUACUACCAUAAGAUGCUGCAGAAAUUCUAAGGGCACUGAGCCCCAAAUCUGGGCUGCUAUUACAACAAUAGAAUAAAUGAAUCACUUUUCAGUUGUAUGGGUUGUAUGAUAUUUAAAGAAUGUCUGGAUUUCAAAAGGCUCACCCUGUCAGGUCACAGAAAGUGCAAGAGACUGCAGAAACCUGGGGACUGCAACUUCACUAUGCAAUAUUGGCACAUCGGUCCGUUCCUGAGAAAGUUCUUCCUUCUGUUAUAUCAAUUGAAAGGUAGAUCAUAAGCCAAUAUAACACACAUAUUUCAUCCCAAUGGUAAUACUAUAUAUUUUAUGCUGAAAAUGUCCUAUGUGGACAAUCUACUUGACUAACAGUUUUUAUAUAAAAGCUAGCUUCUGGGCAGAUACUACAUUAGUGUGUAUGUUAUCGACAAACAGAUAGUCAGUUUGCAUAUUAGCCCUUUUCUCAUUGAUAUCUUCUAGUUUUACAGAUGCCAAAUAUAACAAUGUCUAGAUGAAGGUUCUUGACAACUGUCCAUUUCCUCCUAAAGAUGCUGCCUGACCUGAGUUCCUCUAGCAGUUUUAUUUUGCUCCAGAUUCCAGCAUUGCAGUCUUGUAUUUUCUCCAGAGCGGAAAAUAAUUGACGUCUUUAAAUUCAGAAAAUAUCUUCUUUGCAGUCUCUCUGUGUCAAGAAUCUGAGGAUCUUGGGGUGUAUUUCUAAGGAGUGGAAGAUGUGUAUGAAU